UGCGUGAAACGUAGACUUCGGAGCGGGCGGGAGAGGAGCGGGGAGCGCGGCUGCACAGCCCUGGCCGGCCCUGCGAGGCGGCGAUCGCAGGGGAGGAGGAGGAACAGGAGGAGGAGAGCUGCAGAGGCGGAGGGAUCUGCUUACCAGAGCCAUCCAGGCCAGCAAAGUUUGGCUGGGGGUUGGACUUUCCUUCCCGGAGGCGGCACCCAAACAGCUACCCCGUGCGGAAACCCAAACUUUCUACUGCCACUCGGAGUCUCGCGGCCGCCGCCUCCGCCCCGCGCACCGGGGGCCUGCCCGUCAGUCCGCCGGUCCUCGUGGAGCUGCUCGGGUGCCAUCGUGCUCCUGAUCACCGCAGCUGGAGCACCGCGGCCCUGGCCCGGACGCCGGAGCAAGUUCUCCAGAGUUAGACGCGAAGUUCGGGCGCGGCGCGGGCCGACCUGCCCCUGUGCGCCCCCGGCGUCCCCAGUACAUCCAGUCCCGCCGGGGGCGCCGGUGACCCUCCUGUGCCAGCCAUGUCGUCCAUCCUGCCCUUCACCCCCCCGAUCGUGAAGCGCCUGCUGGGCUGGAAGAAGGGCGAGCAGAACGGGCAGGAGGAGAAAUGGUGCGAGAAGGCGGUUAAGAGCUUGGUGAAGAAGCUCAAGAAGACCGGGCAGCUGGACGAGCUGGAGAAGGCCAUCACCACUCAGAACGUGAACACCAAGUGCAUUACCAUCCCCAGGUCACUGGAUGGCCGGCUGCAAGUGUCCCAUCGGAAGGGGCUUCCCCAUGUUAUCUACUGCCGCCUGUGGCGAUGGCCCGACCUGCACAGUCACCAUGAGUUACGUGCCAUGGAGCUAUGUGAAUUCGCCUUCAACAUGAAGAAGGACGAAGUGUGCGUCAAUCCGUACCACUAUCAGAGAGUAGAGACACCAGUUCUACCUCCAGUGUUGGUGCCACGCCACACCGAGAUCCCGGCCGAGUUCCCCCCGCUGGAUGACUACAGCCAUUCCAUCCCCGAGAACACUAACUUCCCCGCUGGCAUCGAGCCCCAAAGCAAUAUUCCAGAAACCCCACCCCCUGGCUACCUGAGUGAAGAUGGAGAAACUAGUGACCACCAGAUGAGCCACAGCAUGGAUGCAGGCUCUCCAAACCUAUCCCCAAAUCCGAUGUCCCCAGCACACAAUAACUUGGACCUACAACCAGUGACCUACUGUGAGCCGGCCUUCUGGUGCUCCAUCUCCUAUUACGAACUGAACCAGCGAGUUGGGGAGACAUUCCAUGCCUCACAGCCAUCCAUGACAGUGGAUGGCUUCACUGAUCCCUCCAACUCAGAGCGCUUCUGCCUGGGUCUGCUGUCCAAUGUCAAUCGGAACGCAGCCGUGGAGCUUACAAGACGGCACAUUGGGAGAGGCGUGCGGCUCUACUACAUUGGAGGGGAGGUCUUUGCAGAGUGCCUCAGUGACAGUGCUAUUUUUGUUCAGUCACCCAACUGCAACCAACGCUAUGGCUGGCACCCUGCCACUGUCUGCAAGAUCCCCCCAGGGUGCAACCUGAAGAUCUUCAACAACCAGGAAUUUGCUGCCCUCCUGGCCCAGUCUGUCAACCAGGGCUUUGAGGCCGUCUACCAGUUGACUCGCAUGUGCACCAUUCGUAUGAGCUUCGUCAAAGGCUGGGGAGCGGAGUACAGGAGACAGACAGUAACCAGUACCCCGUGCUGGAUCGAGUUGCACCUGAAUGGGCCCUUGCAGUGGCUUGACAAGGUCCUCACCCAGAUGGGCUCUCCCAGCAUCCGCUGUUCCAGUGUGUCUUAGAGAUAAUGGCAGUGAAGGGAGUGGGUGGGGAGGGUGGGCUUGGGGAAAAUGGCCUUGAAGAGAACUCCAUCCACCUUGUUCCUGUCAAAGACAACAACCUGUUUCUCAAACCACACACACACACACAAAUCCCAGGGAUGAUUU